AUGGAAUACCGCAUCAACCACGUACACAUCCGCGCCGCGGACCCCCACGCCACGGCGGCGUGGUACGAGAAGCACUUCAACGCCCGCAUCGUCUCUGAGCGGGAGGUGAUGCCGCGCACCAUCACCAUCGGCAUGGAAAUGGGCGGGCAGUGCCGGCUCAACGUGUCGUCCAAGCCGCCGGGAUCGUCCGACGACCGCGCCGUCGCGGAGUUGAACCGGCUGGGAUUGGAGCACUUCGGGUUCGAUGUGGAAGACCUCGAGGCGGAGAUGGCGCGACUCACCGCCGCUGGCAUCCGCACGGUGUUGCCCAUCACCGAGACGCCGACGGGGUCGAAGCUGUCGUACAUCGAAGGUCCGGAUGACGUGCUGAUCGAACUGGUACAACCGGCGGCCUAG